AUGUACGGAACGGCAGCAUUGCCUUCCUUAGGCAGAAUCCUUUCUCAAUCGGCUGUAUUGCUACCAUGGACUGCGACAUUCGGCCGCGCAGUCGAUUCUUUGCCAGUAGCAUAUCCCAUAGGAUUACUAGAGAAGUUAUUUGGACAGAGAGAUAGACGGAAGGAUGAACGAGAUUUCUUCUCCAAUAACGGUAUACUGCUUGCUGUACCAAAGAAGAAGGUUUCCCAUCAGAAGAAAAGACAAAAACUAUAUGGGCCAGGAUCGAAACAACUCAAGAUGAUCAAUCAUUUGAAUAAAUGCCCCUCUUGUGGGCACCAAAAGAGAGCAAAUACUCUUUGCAUGUAUUGCUUUGACGAAAUACGCAAAAUUUGGAAAACACAAACGUUCACGGCGAAUGAAGAAGUUCCUCAGGAAAAAGAGAUAUCAGAAGUGGAUAAGAGAGUUCUUUAUCCUGGAAAGAAGCUCAGGGAACAUGAGAAGAAGCUCAGAGACAAGGAGAGCUACGUUGAACGUCGUAUGAGGACGUUGCCAGUGCAAGACAACAAGCAAUAA